AUGUCGGAAGACGAAGCUCAGCAGCUCAUUCAGAAGCUGCUCUUACAGGCACUUUCGAGGCGUCUGCCACAGUCCAAGUGGUUAUCACUGCUCCAUCAACUCGUACGACGCAUCGAAGCGGCCCAAAAUUCCAGCUCCAUCAAUACUGUCGAGCCCCUCGCAGCUUCAUACGUCGCUGGCUGUCUCGUCCAAUACAUCCUCUCCCAGUCCUCAUUAGAUCCCUUGCUAAUCGAGUACCUCCAAGCGCUCAUCUACGGCAGCGCCAACCGCACCGGCCUCGAACCUGAUCAGGGCCCAGUCACAGAUGUCAUCACUGCCACUCUCCAUCUUCUAGCCGCCAACGUCAACAGCACGACAGCAUCCAAUGUCCCAGCCAUCGAGACCAUUUCCUCUGUCAUCGGCCAGGGUCUGCUCAUGACUUUCCAGGCACCUAUCCCAUUUCAUGUCUCCAACCCUUCGUUCCUAUACUUACUGCAACAUUUGUUUGCGCAGUCGGCAACGGAAAGGGAAGUAUCUUCGAGCUCUACGUCCGCCAACGGAGCUGAUUCGACCUCGAACGACGGUUCAAUAGCACAAUCAGCACUGGCAUUCAUCGUCUCCAACCUACGUCUGCUUGCUCUUGCUGCAGACCGCGACAUUGCCUCACCACAAAAUCUGCUUGCACCACGUGUAGCCAUCACUGUACUCAUCAAUGUCGGUCAGAACCUUCUUGCACAUGUCAUCCAGCGUCUAUCAGCAGCUCAGGCUUCCAAGGAUGCCAAAGCGAAACCUCAAAUUGCAGUGCUACAGCAGACAAGAACCAAGUCAAAGACGUCUAUAAACGACAUCGAAGCCGUCCUGCAGUCGAUGAAUCCAGCAUGGAAAGACGAGAUUGCCCUCCUACGCUCACUCACCAGUCAGAUCGGCGUCAUAGAUCAGCUGUCCGAAGCGCUUUCCGAAGCAUCCUCGUCCUCCACCGCCUCUUCUCUCAAUGCGCGCAGAAAGAAAGCAGAGACGCUACAAGACGCACAAUCACGCGCAACAUGGGACCAUUUCCUGGACGUCUCUUCCGCCUCAUCCUCUUGCAAACCAGCCGUGGAGCCAGAAACAGCCUUGCUCAUGCACCUCCUCGUCGACCACCACGUAUCGUGGAAUACGAAACUCGAUGCUGUUAAAACCCUCUUUCUCGCACGUCGAAACGCAGCAGCUCCCUCCCUCGCGCUCGAAAAGUCUCUCGCAGCUUUCUACUUCGAGCUACUACUAGCGGCAAUCGACGCAUGCGCAAGUGUGGUCGAGAUGCCGCCAGCUUUCAAGGGCGCUGAAGUGUACGCUGCGAUUUGGAGGAAUGCUCUGUGUGGGAUGAUCCCAGAAAUCGUAUUGCAGCUGGAGCAGUGGCUGGACGUGCAUCAGGAUCUGCCGUUGCGCGGGCAGAGGUUAGAGGCACCCCAUGUGAGGUUCGAGAGUGCGUUGAGAGCGAGCUUGUUAGUGAUGUCGGAGAGGUUGAAUGUUUGUGAGACGGCGGGUGGGCAACUCAGUGCUGGAGCAGGGGAUGGAGCAGACGCAGGGGCGGCAGGGGCGGAGAUGAACAAUGUAGUGGGUCUGGAUACUCCUCCUUCGCAACCAAUCAAGGCUUGGCUUCUCAGAGCAUGCAUUGAGCACUCGCUCGCUCGGCCGGAAGCUAUUGCAGAUGAGUUUCCAGACGGUCAUAAGCUCGCUUCUGAAGUUCAGUCUCUUUCGCAGUCGCUACGAAUGGAUGCACAAUUGGAGGGAAUGGCACUCAACACCCUUUUCGAAACACGCAUUUCCACUGAUGACCCCUUGGAGCUUCUUCAAAGAGUAGCGUCGGAUUCGGGCACGCACUUCAUCUUUGCACGCCAGCUAGUGCUGCAGGUCCAAGGCUGGUUGGAGCAGCAUGAUUUGGAGAGUGUUGCGCGAUGGUGCAAGGCUUUGAGCCAGGACGCAUGUGAUGGGGCGGGAGGGGUGAUGUUGGAUACGAUCAUGCUGUAUCUGGACCCGGCGGAGGUUGUAGAGCCUCUGGCUAGUAUAUUGGAUCAUCAGGAUGUAGGACAGACAAGUGAUGAGCCGAGCACGCUGUCUGAUGUGCUACUCUUUGUGCAGUUGGUCUGCUAUCGCUUCGAUGUUGCUCCAAGCCGAAUUAAGCGGUAUUCGGUCAACCAGGAGGACGACAUGCAAUUGGAUGGCUCAUCAACACAGCAAGACUCUGCAAAUGCCAGCAGCAGUAGUCCGCCUUUCCUAGCGACCUACCUAGCAACCUCAUCAGCAAGCUACCCCCUUCCCUCGCUCACCGGCGAGAACCGUCUUCUUGUCAGUCGCUGGAUACAAGCCCUUUUCGGGAACGAAGGUAUCUCGGAUGACCUUAUUUCCGCCUCGCCCCCUCCAACCCUCUUGCGGCUAUCGCCUCUGCUCUUCUCCCAAUCGAUCUCCGCCUGCCUCUACGGCAUUAUUGAUCUGGAAACGCUUCGAGGAGGCCUUAGCUACUUCCUCCAAGAUCUUCUAUCAUUCACUCUUCCAGGUGCGCUCAAUUGGUUGCUUGCUGAGAUCCCUCGAGUUCCCUCGCAGCCGAUCCUAGACGUGCUGAACGAAGCUGGGUUGCAAGCCGCGGUUGUGGAUGUGCCAAGUAGCGAUGGGAUGCUAGCGAAUGGGCUCAGGAGGAACACGACUUCCCGGACGGUGCAUUUGGAAGUGUUGGCGCUGUUGUUGGAUACAGAUGCCUGUGCUGGGGUGGUGAGGGAACUGGUGGGUAAAAGCUUUGAUGGAUUUGUAAGGUGGGUGCAAGGGAGAGGAGGGGCGUUGGAGGAGGGAUGUGAGACGUUCAAUCUGGCAAGUUUGAAGAGGAGGAUGGAGAGUGCGGGCGUGACAGCGAGAUUGUUGAGCGGUGCUGGGUCUUGGUUGCGGACAUUGGCUAACUCAGCUUUACAUCAGCCGCAACAGCAACAGUUACAGUUACAGGUAUCUAGAGGGCAGACGCAGCCACAGCCGCAGAUACAAGUGCAGGGAGACUCGAAGCUCAUCUCCCUUCUCUGCUCGGGCAAACAUGCUUCUUCGCAACACAUCGAACGAUUGCUGUCCACACUCACUUCAUCGCAAAGUCUACAGAUGGGUAGCGGCAAAGGUAACACAGACCAAAAAGCUCUCGCUGCUUGGCUGUGUCUCGUUGCGCCUUCCCUCGACACCUCAAGCACAACGAAGCCUCCCGUGCUGAGCUUUAUCGCGAAACAUGACUUUGUGAGCAUAGAGGAGAGCGCGAUCGAGUCAGUCAUUCGCACUGUUAGGUUGGUGUCGGGUCUUGUACGCGCAUCAGAGGCUAUCAGAGCACCAAGUGCGAAUGGGGAAGGGGAUGCGGCAGCUCAGAUCCAUGCAUUUGCUCGGAGCAGUGCUGGUGCCACAGGUGCUAGCGCGAACAAAACCACAGAGGCAGCAGAAGGGGGGCUGUUCGACGAAGAUGAACCCUCGACACCUCCUCUUCCCUCCACCACUACCGGUGCUGCGGAGAAUAGGAAGAAUGCGGCUGGUGCUUCUGUAGCGACUCUCAUUAGUUCGUCGACUUUCCGCGUAACUUCGCAGCAGAUACUGGAUUUGCUAGCGCUCAAGCUGGUACGGUUUAGGGAAGCUGUGGAUCGGAGAGGUGGAGCUAGGGUUCAAGCUGCUAAGUGGAGUGCAGUUGAAGGAGCCCUAAUUUACAAUGCUGAGCUGUUCAAUAAUGCAGCUGAAGGUGCUAAGUCAGGCGAAGCAACUGCAACGUCAGCGGAGCCAGAAAAUGCUUUACUGGGCUGGCUGAACGCUCUUCAAUCAUAG